UCGAUUAGCCACUUCACACAAGACGCCUCUCGUAACGGUAACUCGAUCGUCUCCUGAUCCGGGUGGUGCGGCUGGGAAACCCCGCAAAGAUCGCCGGAGAUGGCCUCGGCCUGCGUCAACAAUGUAUCUUCGCGGCCGGACUCCGCCUUCCUCGACUUUGCUGCACCUUGCCUCAGGGUCGCCUUGAGUCGCAACCUUGAAGUCAACCUAGAACCAGCUGCCUCAGAGUUGAACAGAUCCAUAGAUCCAGAUGAUUCAGGCGAGGAGCUUCCAGAGUUCGAGUUCCGUAUUGAUGAUCCCGUUGUGAUGCUACCCGCCGACGAGCUGUUCUCCGACGGAAAGUUGGUUCCGCUCCGAACCGUGGCGGUGCAGCUGUCGGUGGAGUCCGCAGACGAGAAAAACUCGUCGGAGCUGGAGAUGGUAACGGAAGUUCUACGAUCGGAUCCUUACCAGAAGUCGUUCAAGGCGACGAGGAGCGCCAGCCGGUGGAGGGAACUACUCGGUUUGAAGAGGAACCAUAACGCCAAAGAGGAGACCCAUAAAUCGACAUCUCCAUCGCAAAAGGGCGAGGAGAACCAUAAAUCGACGUCGCCUCUGCAAAUGGGUCUGAAUCCUAGCAGCAGAUCUUUUCGCCGCCUCCUCCGCCACGCGAAACCAUCAUCUUCCGUAGAUUCCUUCGCCACCGUUCCGCUCCUCCGCGACUCGCUCUCGGAGCCGGCAUCCAUCUCCGCACGCCGCUCGCUCUCCUCCUCUUCCUCUUCUUCUGGCGCCGACCACGACGAGUUACCACGGUUCUCUCUCGACUCCGAGAGACCGACCCAGUCACCGAUUUUGCUCUCCCGAGCCCCGCUGGCGGUUCGACUCUCACAACCGAGGCGCGCCACAACAGAGCGGCAGCACCAGCCGGAGAGAGGGGAGCAGAGCCCGGUCAGACGCCGGUCGGAGGCAGGACCGCCGCCGUUGGUGGCUUCAGUGGACAGCCCGCGUAUGAAUGCCUCGGGUAAGGUUGUGUUCCAGGGACUGGAACGGAGCUCAAGCAGCCCUGGUAGCUGCCAAGGGGGAAGCCACCGCCAACGGGUGAGACCAUACCAGGGAAUGGAGAGGUCCUACUCGUCCAAUGUCCGGGUAACACCGGUCCUCAACGUGGUCCCUGUGGGUUCCCUCCUGAUCGGCUCCUCCAAGCCUGGCUCGGUGUUCGGCUUGGGCCAACUCCUGUCCCCCAGCAAGAACAGCGUUGGUGCCCGCAGAAACAAGAUCGUCGAGAGAGACAGGAACCCUGAACAUAAACAGGCACUUCAGGUCAAGUGUGAUGAGUAUGCUUCUGAUACUCAUCCCUCUUCAUGGAUCAAACAAACUUUGGUCUGACAAGCUAGUUAAUGUAACUUGCAAAUAUGCAAUCAUCUGGCUCUGGCCUGACUCUGACCCAUCAAUUUUCCUGUCACCAAAAGGAAAAUGAUAUCUAUAACUUGGCAAAAGUGGGUCCUUUACUUGAAAGUUGAAGGAGUUAGGUUAAUUCAGGCUUUUGGUGCAGUAAUUCCAUUUCCAGUCGUUGCUUGAUGGUGAAUCAUGGGUAGACUAUGCGAAUGAAAUCUUUGUUGGAAGAUGAAUAAUAAAAACUUGUUUGCUUCCUGCUUUAAUGGUAAGAAAUAUAUUUUAUUUUCCAGUUGUCUCUAAGUUACUGCAAAGAAAGGAGUAAUGCAUCCAUGGUGCUGGCUCUUUCAAAACCCAUAAUUUGCCUUGAAGAAAUUCCCCUUUGAUGGUUGUGCCAAGCACAAACUGCCAAUCAUCCAUAAGAUAGCUGGUUAAAUGAUUAUUUAAAACACUUUAGAAGUGAGGACCCAUUGUCACUCUGGAUCCCACUUAUGGAUAGAGGAGUUAAGGAGAUAAACAAUGAGCAGUGGGCAUGAUGUGAAUGGGACCUAGCACUGCCAUCCAUCUCUUUCACACUUCCAAAAUCAAUCAAGAGAAACUAACAAAUGCAAUCAGGCUUUCUCCAGUCAAGGUUUUUUCUUUAGUACUGUGAUGGAUCCAAUAUUGGGACACUCAAUCUCUGACCUCCUCCAUCAAGAAGUCAUGUCGCAUACACUAGAGCAGAUAUGACAUUUAUAGGAAAGGUAUCUUGGAUGACAAGUGAUGAGAAUCACACUUAGGAAGGUAAGAUUUCGAAGACAAUCAUUUAUAUGCGAAUUGUGCAGAAAUAGCCUAAGUUCAUGCAUCCAUCAUGAGCAUGAACUGAUCAGGGCAAUGCCUUGAUCUUCUGUGGAAUUUAUUUAGUAAAAUACUAUUUGGAAAUUUUGUUUAAUUCGGCUAAUUGAUUUUGCCACAUACAGAGAAUACUUACAGUUGCAGUUGUUUUGCCUAGUUGCAAUCCUUGAGCAUCAAGAUAGCAAGUUAACCAAGUAGUUUGCACAAUGAACCUUGUUUUGUCGCAUUUUCUAUAUAUUGAAAGCUAAGGUAUAAACUACAAUCUAGAUGGCAUUUAUGUAUUUGCUCACUAGGAACACCGGCCUAAAGAAAAGUAUCUUUCACAAUCAUCACUAGGAACUACCUAUUGAUGUUUUUCGGAGGAGCUCAUCCAGAUAUAUUUUUAGCUACAAUGUGGUACUAUCAACUACUACAAGUUUCUUUCCUUCAUUAGCUUAAACCGAGCUUGUGGAAAUGGUGAAUUGGGUAAGAACAUACGACAACUUUUGAUGAUGGAAUGUUGUCAUUGCCUCA